CCCCACCUUGUUUCGGUCACGUGACACGAUUACGAAGAUGGUGGAAGUUUCUUCGUGAAGCCCAGAAAGACCCCAAAACAACCAGGAAAUUAGGGGUGAAAGUUGACUACAACGCCACGUAUCGGGUUCAAACUCGCCCACCGGACACGGGCCCUCUUCCCAGCCCUAUGUCAUGGCGAGUGGGGUCGCCAUGCCGGGUCAUACCAAUGGCUACCCUAUGAAGGCACAGCUACAGAUCCUUGUGCUGUCUGCGAAGCUGAAAGAGAACAGGAAGAACUGGUUCGGUCCCAGUCCCUACGUGGAGGUAACGGUGGACGGCCAGUCCAAGAAGACGGCCACGUGCAACAACACUCACAGCCCCAAGUGGAAGCAGCCCCUCACUGUCAUCGUGACCCCGUUCAGUAAGCUGGUGUUCCGCGUGUGGAGCCACCAGACCCUGAAAGCAGACGUCCUGCUGGGCCUCGCCACGCUGGACGUCAGCCACACCCUCCAGGCCAACCAGAUGAAGAUCUCUGAGGUGGUGCAGACUCUGAAGCUAAGCGCCGACCGGGAGCAAACGGACGUGGUGGGCGAUCUGUCCGUCUGUCUGGACGGGAUGACCGUGGACCCAGAGGCCUUCGCAGCAGCCCAGGCCAAUCACCACGCGACGACGAACGGGGAACCCCAACACAACGGAGACCCCCCCGCGGGGCGCAGCCGGGACGGCUCCCCGGCGCUGGACGAGCUGGAGUACCGCUCAUCCCCGAAGGCCCGGCACGCGGUCAACGGCACAGGCUCCUCCCCCUCCCCCUCGGUGACAUCAGAGGGCACCCGCCCCCUCCGCCCCCCCAGGCCUUCCAGGCCGCCUCCCCCGACGCCCCGCAGACCCGCCGCCUCGCCAGCGUCCUCCUCCAACGGCUCCUUGGCGGCGGACUCCAGCGAGGGCCCGUCGGGCUCCGACACGCCGGUCCGGGCCCCCGCGGCGGCGGCGGCCAGCGGCCCCACGGCCCCCACGGCGCCCGUGGCCCCCGCGGCCCCCGCUGCCCACGCUGCCCCUGCCUCAGACACCCAGGGCCCCCCCGCCGGGAACCCCGCCGGGCCCCCUGGGUGUGGGUCCGGCUCGGGGGCCAUCGCUAAGCCGGCCUCUGCCGGCGGCGUGGUGGCUAACCCCGCGGCCACGCCCCGGGCCCCUGCGGUCAACACGGGGCCCCUCCCUCCUGGGUGGGAGCAGCGGGUGGACCUGAACGGCAGGCUGUACUUUGUGGACCACGUGGAGAAGAGGACCACGUGGGAGCGGCCAGAACCACUGCCUUCUGGCUGGGAGCGUCGUGUGGACCCCAUGGGCCGUGUGUACUUCGUGGACCACAUCACGCGCACCACCACGUGGCAGCGCCCCACCAUGGAGACGGUGAGGAACUACGAGCAGUGGCAGCACCAGCGCAGCCAGCUGCAGGGCGCCAUGCAGCAGUUCAACCAGAGGUUCAUCUACGGGCAGGACCAGGUGCCCGCGGCGCAGAGUGACCCCCUGGACUCCCUGCCACUCGGAUGGGAGAAGAGGACGGACAGCACGGGCCGGGUCUACUUCGUUCACCACCAGACACGGACCACCCAGUGGGAAGACCCACGGACGCAGGGGCUGCUGAACGAGAAGCCCCUUCCCGAGGGCUGGGAGAUGAGGUUCACGGUGGACGGGAUCCCCUACUUCGUGGACCACAACCGUCGGGCCACCACCUACAUCGACCCCCGCACCGGGAAGUCCUCCCUUGAGAAUGGUCCUCAGAUCACGUACGUGCGCGACUUCAAGGCCAAGGUCCAGUACUUCCGCUUCAUGUGCCAGCAACACUCGAUGCCUCAGCACAUCAAGAUCACCGUCUCCAGGAAAACUCUGUUUGAGGACUCCUUCCAACAGAUCAUGAGCUUCAACGCCCAGGACCUGCGCAGGAAGCUGUGGAUCAUCUUCCCUGGGGAAGAAGGUCUGGACUAUGGAGGCGUGGCCAGAGAGUGGUUCUUCCUGCUGUCCCACGAGGUGCUCAACCCCAUGUACUGCCUGUUCGAGUACGCCGGCAAGGACAACUACUGCCUGCAGAUAAACCCCGCCUCCUACAUCAACCCUGACCACCUCAAGUACUUCCGCUUCAUCGGGCGCUUCAUCGCCAUGGCGCUGUUCCACGGCAAGUUCAUCGACACGGGCUUCUCGCUGCCCUUCUACAAGCGCAUGCUGAACAAGCCCUGGGCGCUGAAGGACCUGGAGUCCAUCGACCCCGAGUUCUACAACUCCCUCAUCUGGAUCAAGGAUAACGACAUCGAGGAGUGCUGUCUGGAGAUGUACUUCUCGGUGGAUAAGGAGAUCCUGGGGGAGAUCACCACCCAUGACCUGAAGGAGGGGGGCGGAGACAUCCAGGUCACGGAGGAGAACAAGGAGGAGUACAUCAGGCUGGUGGCGGAGUGGCGUCUGUCCCGGGGCGUGGAGGAACAGACCCAGGCCUUCUUCGAGGGCUUCAACGAGAUCCUCCCCCAGCAGUACCUGCAGUACUUUGACGCCAAGGAGCUGGAGGUGAUGCUGUGUGGUAUGCAGGAGAUCGACCUGGCCGACUGGCAGAGGAACACGAUCCUCCGUCACUACGCCCGGGGAGCAAAGCAGAUCAACUGGUUCUGGCAGUUGAUGAAGGAGAUGGACAACGAGAAACGGAUGCGGCUGCUUCAGUUCGUGACGGGCACCUGUCGUCUGCCAGUGGGGGGCUUCGCCGACCUCAUGGGGAGCAACGGCCCCCAGAAGUUCUGCAUCGAGAGGGUGGGCCGGGAGAACUGGCUGCCCAGGAGUCACACCUGCUUCAACAGGCUGGACCUGCCGCCCUACAAGAGCUACGAGCAGCUGAAGGAGAAGCUGAUGUUCGCUAUCGAGGAGACGGAGGGCUUCGGACAGGAGUGACCCCCCGCACCCCCGCCCCCCACUGGAGGAACACCGCGCCCCCAAGCCCGGGCUCGUGUUUUAAAUCAGGGAGCCUAUCGGACAGUAGGCGUGUGUCUGUCCGUCUGACCGUCUUGUCAGCCUAUGUGUGCGUGCGUGCGUGUGUGUGUGUGUGUGUGUGUGUGUGUGUGUGUGUGUGUGUGUGUGUGUGUGUGUGUGUGUGUGUGUGUGUGUGUGUGUGUGUGUGUGUGUGUGUGUGUGUGUGUGUGUGCGUGUGUGGAGGGAUCGAGUCUGUCCUAAUAAACAACAGGGUGGUCCGCUCCUGUCGCUGAAUGUCCCCCAAAGUCUGCAUGGACCCCCCGUCCCCCCCUGUCCCCCCCCUCCCGCCCCCCUUGUGACAUCAUCAAAAAGGGACAGUGUCAGGCUGUCCAACGAUGGACUCUUGAUGCUGUGCGACGAUUGGAUCACCGCUCCGGGCUCCGUCCUCUGAUUGGCCGAAACUGAACGGAGAGAGACUUUGGAGUGAACCCAGUUUCCUGUUUCCUGUUUUGAAAUGGUCCCAUUCCUGAUGGUCCCCCCCCCCCCCCGAGGAGAGACAAGAGAGAGAGACCGGUCUGAUAGGAGUCAAUGGAGAUCACUUCAGACAAUCAAAGUGAGAGCGAGAGAGAGAGAGAGAGAGAGAGAGAGAGAACUUGAGACUAAGAGAGACCCAUAGAGAGCGAACAAGAGAGAAAAUCGAAUCUGUGAAUCAGUUGGCCCCGAGAAGACGCCAUUGGUUGAAUAAGGCGUAGAUGGAGGGAACGGGAGCGUGUCUUAGACGGGCCCUAGUUUUAUAGGGCUGCUGGGCCACGCCUCCAAAGAGUACUGAAGUAUUCAACACAAGGCGUCCCUUCUUCAUUUAUCUCUUGUGGUUGUAGAGAGGGUGGGGGUGGGGGUGGGGGCAGCUGACUGAGGGACAGUGCCUUGGGGGAGGGUGGGAGGGAGGUAGGGAGGGACGGACGGACGGACGGAGGGGGCGGGGGUUGGCAGGGAAAGGAGGGAAUGGAACCCUGGUUGUCCGUGGUGGUCACUGUUCGGGCGGUGAGGUCAUCACUCGGAGCGGUGAUGUCUUCCCCCCGGAGUGGUGACAUCAUCCGUGUCCAGCCUCAAUACCUGGUACGGGGUUCAUAUUCCACACGGGGUUUAGGAUGCUGUUAUGAACGGUGCCCUGCAGUCUGUCGUGGGUUCAUAGAGCAGAGAGGCGCGGCCUCUGGGCAAACAGGAGACUGGUUGAAGCCGGAUUGCACGUUGUGUGUUCGCCCUGCGGUAGAAACCAGACCGGUUUCACGCCCUCAUUCACCCGCUCAUCCACCCGCUCAUCCGGCCUGCUGUCAGAGACAUGUUCUCACCGUGAAACGAGACGGCUUCGCUGCGACGCUUCUGGUGUCAGCUAGCGCCGUGAGGACCGCCGUACACCAGGUGCACUCUGGGGGAUUUUAAGAGGGGAUUUUUUCUUUUUAAGUCAGUCGUUUUUUAAAGGGACUUAUUUCCUCUCUGGGGGACAUGCACUGGUCUGAGGGUCCCCCUAGCUGCAUGAUGGACCGAUCCGCUCCCCAGUCACCGGCCGGUCGGAAUGUACCAACCGCUGGGCUGGUAGGGGGAUCUAGAUAUCCACCGUACAUCUGGGUAAACUGGGAAUUCUCAGUUGAGAAUUCUCGACUGAAUUCUCAACUGAAAUCUCACCGGAACUCUCGUCUGAAAUCCCAACUGAAUACCCAAAGAGAAAUCCAAACCGAAAUCCCAACUGAAUUCUCCCCAGAAUUCCCAACUGAAAUCCAAAUAGAAUUCCCAACUGUAUUCCCAACUGAAGAAUCCCAGGGAGGUGACAAAGCGCAUCAAUCAUGGAAAUAUGAUUGUUUCUGGCACAUCCCUCCCCAACCAGAAGAAGAGCUUUCCCCGCGGAACCCUCUGGAACUCUCUGGAAAUGUACCCGAGAACCCGAGCUGUAUAUUACAACAAGAUGUAAAUGGUGUUGAUAACAAGAUUAAUUUUCUUUUUGUAAAGGCACGGUUUUAAUAUGAGCAGGUACCGCCCCCACCUUCCUGUAUGAUUUAUGAUGUACAUGAUGGAUGUGUAAUAUAGAAAUCGCUCACCUUAAUAAAUUAAAUCUACAUGUUUGUGGAUUCAUUCGUC